ACAGCAAAAGCUUGCCUCUUUUUUACCUCCAAAAAUAAGUUCAUACAGAGAGCUAGCCGAAGGAGAAGGAAGCACUGUAAAUAAAUAGGGUUGCUCGCUCCUGCUCUCUUUUGACAACAUAGCUAUAUAUGGAGAUAUAUAGUUCUAUAUAAACAAAAAAAACAAAUCAUUUUGGAGAUAUAUAGUUCUAGUAGUUUUUUUAACGAGUAAAGAUGACGAGCGCAAACCCUGCAUUGACGAACGCAAACCCUGCGUUCAAAUCGAAAAUGACAGCUUACGUUGUAACAUGUUGGAUUCUUGCUGCCUUCGGUGGCCUUAUGUUUGGUUAUGAUAUCGGUAUUUCAGGUGGCGUAUCGGGGAUGGACGAUUUCUUGAUCAAAUUCUUCCCACGUGUUUAUGAAAGAAAGCUCCAUGCCAAGGAAAACAACUACUGUAAAUUUGAUGAUCAAAUGCUUCAGCUUUUCACUUCUUCCUUGUACCUUGCUGCCCUCGUGGCAAGCUUCGGCGCAUCAAAGGCUUGUACAGUGAUUGGCCGGAAACUGACAAUUCUCGUGGCGGCCACCUUCUUCAUGGCCGGAGCUGUGGUCAGUGCAGCAGCUCAAGUCAAAUGGGUGCUCAUUAUUGGAAGGGUUCUUUUUGGCAUUGGCGUUGGUUUUGGCAAUGAGGCAGUCCCUUUGUUCCUAUCAGAGGUGGCACCCGUCCAGCACAGAGGAGCCGUAAACAUCCUCUUCCAACUCUUCGUCACCAUUGGCAUCCUCAUCGCCGACUUCGUCAACUACGGCGUCGCCAACCUCCACCCCAACGGGUGGCGUGCCGCCCUUGGCCUCGCCGGGACCCCCGCCCUGGUCCUCUUCGUCGGUUCCUUCUUCAUCACGGAAACCCCGACCUCCCUCGUUGAGCGCGGCGACCUCUCCGCCGGCAAGAAAGCCCUGGAACGUAUCCGAGGCGUGUCGGACGUCGACGCGGAGUACGAGCAGAUCAAAAGAGCGUGCGAGCAGGCGAAGCUGAUAGACCAGCCGUUCAAGAAGCUGAUGAGGAGGGAGAGCCGGCCGCCGCUCGUGAUCGGGAUGAUGCUGCAGGUCUUCCAGCAGUUCACGGGGAUCAACGCGAUCAUGUUCUACGGGCCGGUCUUGUUCCAGACAUGUGGGUUCAAGAGCAACGCGUCGUUGCUGUCGGCGGUUAUCUUGGGGGGAGUGAACUGUUUGAGUACUUUUGUUUCGAUCUUUGGUGUUGAUAAAUUUGGGAGGAGGGCGUUGCUUCUUCAGGCUUGUGUUCAGAUGUUCAUCUGCCAGAUGGCUAUUGGAGGGAUUCUACUAGUCAACUUGAAACCUACAGGCAGCCUAAAUUCAGGGCUAGCCGCGAUAGUGGUGGUGCUCGUGGCCUUGUUCGUCAUGAGCUUCGCGUGGUCGUGGGGCCCACUCGGGUGGUUGAUCCCCAGCGAAACCUUCCCGGUCGAGACCAGGACAGCAGGCUUUGCUUUCGCUGUCAGCACAAACAUGCUCUUCACCUUCAUCAUUGCCCAGGCGUUCCUGUCGAUGCUCUGCCACUUGCAAGCCUUCAUAUUCUUCUUCUUCUCCGCUUGGAUCGUGAUAAUGGGAGCUUUCGUGAUCUUCCUGUUGCCAGAGACCAAGGGCGUGUCUAUCGAUGAGAUGAACGAGCGUGUGUGGAAGCAGCAUCCGGUGUGGAAGAAGUUCAUGGAUGAUGAUGAAGGGAUGAAAUGCCAGGAAAUGGCACAGGUGUAGGAGAAUGGAGUCCUUCAGUGGAGCUCAUCAAUUUUUGUUGUAUAUUUUCUCUUCU